AUGGAUGAUGAUGAAAACCUUGGGAAACGUGAARGAAAACUUGCAAGUCAACAUUUGGAUACCCACCAAACAGUAGGACCCGACCCACUUUCCAUAAAUAGAAAUAGCCCUCUCUCAUACUCAUACCCACCAUCAACCACCCCCAUAUCUUCUUCCCUUUUGGAGCUAGAGAGCAAUCAUACAACCAUGAACAACUUCCAUAACCAAAAAACAAUCUCCCCCCAUAGACACACCACCAAGAGACUAACCGAAGAUCAAGUUCGGCUCCUGGAGUCGAGUUUCGACUCCACCAAGAAACUUGAACCCGAGCGAAAACAACAGCUUUCGCGCCAGCUUGGGAUCCCGCCUCGGCAAAUCGCCAUCUGGUACCAAAACAAACGGGCCCGUUGGAAGAAUCAAAGCCUGGAGCAUGACUACUCUAUGCUCCAGCUCCAGUUGCAGGCCACCCUUUUGGAGACUAGACACCUCCAGAAGGAAGUGGAACACCUUCGAGCGGAGCUCAAUAAGGUACGAGGGGAACAAUUAGCACGGAAUUAUAAGUAUCAACGACCUCCUCCUGUCGAUUCUUCCUUCUCGAGAUGCGGUGAAGACGUUGGAAGUUCAUCGAGAAGCUUAGAAAACGAUCAUGUCGACAAUUUGUAUUGUUAUGGGGAACAAGUUUUUCAAGUAGAGGAGAUGUAUGCUGCUGCUUGUAUGAUGGGUGCUGAUCUUGGACUCUUUGGAUCCAAAACAAACUUAUUUUAG